UGUGUGUGUGUGUGUGUGUGUGUGUGUGUGUGUGUGUGUGAACUUGGUGCUCUGUCCACAACUUUCAGUUGCCCUCUGCCUCCUCAGAAUGUCACAACGAGGACAGCAAGUCUUCCUGAGAACCAACGAGCCGCCUGUGUCCUCACAUGCCUUUCAGUGCUGAGUGUCAGUAGCUCACAACUGCACCAUUCCAAUGCAGAGGCAGCGAGGCCACGAUUCGUCCGACACACACCGUGUUAGCGUCCAGACGGAUAUGUGGAGCCAAACUAAUUGAUGAUCAGAUUCAGGACGUUUUGACUGUCUCAUUUAUGCUGAUGGAUGGGUCAAUCGGAGUGAGAGAACGAAGGAACAGACAAACUUUCCUGCAGGAUGCAUUGCUGCGGCUGGCCUCCAUUGUUGAUGCCUACAGCCUCCGGGAGGCCAUUAAAGAGACACUGGAAGCUGUGCUACCGAAAGUGGAGAGUGUGUUCGUGUAUCUGCUGGAGGCCGAGUCUCAGAUGCGAUGUGAAGAUCCACCUCAUGACCUUCAUGCAGAAGGCAAGCUCAGGGAGGUGUUGGUGCAGAAGAAGAGAGCAGUGUGCGUCGGUCUGCCAUCCACAGAGCUGCAAGAGAAGCAGAGGACAAGCCUGGCAGCGCCUCUCCCACCUGAGAAGCGAGUUGUGAUCAUUCCGUUGGUGGAUGAAGAUGAAGACAAGGUCAUGUCUCUUAUUUUGGUUUGUUGUCGUCAGCUCACUGACCAGGAUGAGCAGAACCUUAAUCUUCUGGAGAAACAUCUCAUCGUUGCAUGUAAAAGAGUCCAGGUGAUACAGAGGAGUGUGACACAGCCAGCAACCCAAUCCCACAAUGCACCACUCAACACUGAUACUGCGAACAAGGAGAAAGACUACAGAGAACUGGACCGCAAGAUUCUGCAGCUCUGUGGUGAGCUGUAUGAUCUGGAUGCAGCAUCACUUCAGCUCAAAGUCAUCAACUAUCUGCAGAAAGAGACCCAGUCUCAGUGCUCCUGUUUGCUGCUGGUGUCUGAGGAUAACCAUCAACUAUUCUGUCAGGUGGUUGGGGAUAAAGUUCUGGAAGAAGAGAUCAGCUUUCCUCUGAUGUUUGGACGCUUUGGGCAGGUGCUGGAGAAAAAGAAAUCCAUCACCUUGCAGGAUGUUAGCCAGGAGGAGAGAAGGCAGCUCAGCAGUAUGUUGGGGUUUGAAGCUCACUCCAUGCUGUGUGUGCCUGUUGUCAGUCAAGCUACUACCCAGGUGGUGGCGCUAGCAUGCGUCUUUAACAAGAAGGGAGGGCAGAAAUAUUCAGCAGCAGAUGAACACAUGAUCCAGCACUGUUUCUGUUACACCUCUACCGUGCUCACCAGCACACUUGCCUUCCAGAAGGAGCAGAAACUAAAGUUUGAGUGUCAGGCUCUACUUCAGGUGGCCAAAAAUCUUUUCACACACCUCGACGAUGUGUCCGUUCUACUGCAGGAGAUCAUUGUGGAGGCUCGGAACCUGAGCAACGCUGAGAUUUGUUCAGUGUUCCUGCUCGAUCGUGUCAGUCAUGAACUUGUGGCCAAAGUGUUUGAUGGUGGCGUAGUGAACGAUGAUGAGAAGGAGUUCCGUAUCCCAGCGGAUCAGGGCAUUGCUGGUCACGUGGCCACUACAGGAAAAAUCCUCAACAUUAAGGAUGCAUACUCACACCCACUUUUCUACCGUGGCGUGGACGACAGUACGGGUUUCCGCACACGCAACAUACUGUGUUUCCCCAUCAAGGACGAGAACGGAGAUGUUAUUGGUGUUGCUGAGUUGGUGAAUAAGACAAACGGUCCGUGGUUUAACCGGUUUGAUGAGGACCUGGCCACGGCCUUCUCUAUAUACUGUGGGAUCAGCAUCGCACAUUCCCUGCUGUAUAAGAAGGUACACGAGGCUCAGUUCCGUAGUCACCUGGCCAAUGAGAUGAUGAUGUACCACAUGAAGGUAUCUGAGGAGGAGGUGAGCAGGCUGCUGAUGAGAGGAAUUGAAUCUGUACACAGCCUCCACCCGAGCUUCUCUCAGUUCACCUACACACCCCGCUCCCUGCCUGACGACACCACACCAAUGGGAAUCCUGAGCAUGUUUGAGGAUAUGGGCUUCAUAAACACCUACAAGAUUGACUUGCACACUCUGGCCAGGUUUUGUUUGAUGGUGAAGAAGGGAUACAGGGAUCCACCCUACCACAACUGGAUGCAUGCAUUCUCAGUCUCUCACUUCUGCUACCUGCUUUACAAGAACCUGGAGCUCAACAACUACCUCAAGGACAUUGAGAUCCUCGCUCUCUUUGUGUCCUGCAUGUGUCAUGAUCUGGACCACCGAGGAACAAACAACUCCUUCCAGGUGGCCUCGAAAUCUGUUCUGGCAGCCCUUUACAGCUCUGAAGGAUCAGUUAUGGAGAGACAUCACUUUGCUCAGGCCAUUGCCAUCCUGAACACACAGGGCUGCAACAUCUUUGAGAAGUUCUCCAGAAAGGACUACCAGAGGAUGCUGGACCUGAUAAGAGACAUUAUACUGGCCACUGAUUUGGCUCAUCACCUGCGCAUCUUUAAAGACCUGCAGAAGAUGGCAGAGGCUGGGUAUAACCCGAAGAGCCAGACGCACCGCAGCCUGCUGUUAUGCCUACUGAUGACCUCUUGUGACCUCUCGGAUCAGACCAAGGGCUGGAAGACCACCAGGAAGAUCGCUGAGCUGAUCUACAAAGAGUUUUUCUCUCAGGGUGAUCUGGAGAAGGCGAUGGGGAACAGGCCCAGUGAGAUGAUGGACAGGGAGAAGGCGUAUAUCCCUGAGUUACAGAUCAGCUUUAUGGAACACAUCGCAAUGCCCAUCUACAAGCUGCUGCAUGAGAUUUUCCCACGUUCAUCAGAACUCUAUGAGCGUGUGGCAGCGAAUCGUGAGCAGUGGACCAAAGUUUCACACAAGUUCACCAUCCGCGGUUUACCCAGCAACAACUCACUGGACUUUCUGGAUGAAGAGUAUGAGCUGAUGCAGGCACAGGGAGCAUUUGGGGAUGACAGUCACCGCAUGAAUGGUUGCCUAGACGAUGAGUGCAGCAAGACAGACCAAUGAAAUGCCUGGAAGUGCAAGGCUUUCACUCUGAAACAGUAGAUGUUACGCCUUUGUGUCAGCUCAGAGUACUGCAUUGUAGAGGGAACAGACUGGGAUGUGGUGAGACAAUUGUCAAGACACUGGAGUUUCGUGGAUGGAGCUGAUAUGCUGCAGAUAAUGAUGUCAUUUCCUGCCAUUUGAACCAUUUGGGCAAACAGAACACUUCACUUGUCAUGGGAUCGGGAGCAGAGCCUCGUGUUUUCUUGUCGAGUAGUUCAAUAUGUUCUUUAAUUAUUUACUUAAUGUUUUGAUAGCUGAACAAAGCCUGCGUGUUUGAUUUUAUAUAUAUUUUCUGUCCUGCUGUAACAGAUCAUAAACUCCAUCCAAAUGUACAGAAGUGAAUUUUAGUUUAUAAAACAGUCUACAGGAAAUGUUUGAGUAAGUAUCGCUGUAGAAAUGUUAUUGUCGCAAGCUAGCUCUCUAAUUUUACGCACAGAAUGAGGGUUUUUUUUUUUAUUUAAACUGUAAAGACAAUCAAACCAUUAGACAUCCUUUACUUCCCUUUUUCCAUCCUUGUGAAUGCAAUUUGCUGUGAUGAGAGAAAACUCAAGACGAGGUGAGAUUUUAGUGAACAUCAUCGACACAGACACACGCGAGCGUUAGUAAAGCAUUCAACGCUAGUAAUUUAACAAAGCUGAUUGAUGUGACUUUUGUCCCAGAUAUUUAAAUCUUUCUCCUGCUGAAAGUUUGCCCUCAAUCCUUCAUCCUGUCACAUGACUCAGCCUCAGUUCAGGUAAGCCAAAAAUUCUGCACUCAUUUUCCCAUCCGGAAUUCCCACCACAAGCUCCUGUUGGAAGACUGAAUUAUGGCUAUAUUUAUGAGAUGAGAAAGUUAACAUGAUUUAACUGAACACUGUGUAGUUCAGUGUUUAUUAUGACAGUUGACCAAAAGACUGCGAGUUAAACUGAGUUUAAAGCCACUUCAGUGCAAAUCUCGUGAUUUCAUCACACCAGUGGUGUUCCGACUUCUUGUACAUAACGUUAUCAGAGGAAUUUUAAGGGCUAUGGCGCCCUCUGAGGCAUAUGAAGAGGUUUAUUUCUCAGGCAGAAAACAGAAUUAUGUAUAAAUAUGGAUUUGCCUUAUCACGUAUGUGUUGCCUUUUUAAGUAGUUAAACACUGUCUAUACACAUACACAGUUUUAAAGCUAUACAGCUCAGUGUGUGCAGGCGUAUUAACAUAGGUGUGAAAGUCAAACUCAAGGCUAACUUAGAGUUUGCUAGCGUAUGAGCUAGUGUGAGGUAUGAAAUGGACUGCAGUAAUAAAUCUCUAAUAUAAUUAAUACAAGUUUAAUAUGUUUGUUAUUAAUAAUGUAAAAAAUUAGAAUUAAUUUCAUUUAAUUCAUUCAUUAAUUCAUGUUCAGUGAGUGCUUUAUCCCGAUCAGGAUCACAUCCUGAGAACACGGGGAGUGAGGCAAGAACACAUACCGGAUUGAUUGACAAAUUCCUGGUGUUUUCAUAUACAGUACAGGUUCAGGUAUUGAUCGGGGUUUGGAAAACUGCCAUCUUUCAUUUAUUAAAAAAAUGUAAAAAGCUUAAUUAAAAAUAAAAAGGAAUCAAAUUGAAUUCAGUCUAAAAAGCAGUUUUAAAAAUUCUGAGAACAUUAUGUAUGCUCAGGCAGACCAUCUAAAACAAGAAUCAUAAUAAUCUGCCUAUUUCAUCAAACUCUAGUAAUCUUUAGUUUUUGAUUGUCCAUAUAAUUGCAGAAUCAUUAGACGAAAGAGUGCCAAGACUUUCUCACCUCUGACAACAUGGCUGCCACCUCAGCUUUCCAUGUGUGAUUUACUACUGAAAGCCACAAAGCUCAUCAUAUAAACUAAUUUCCAUGCACUAUGAGCCAAAUUUUUUAAAAACAUCUAAAAAAAAGUUUUAUUCCAGAUCCAGCUCGUUUUGUUAAACAUAAUCACUUGAAUUUUUAUUGUUCCAAUGAUUUUAUCACAUUUCCUACAUUUCUCCGUGCUGUAAUAUAACAUUAUCACACACAGGACCGUGAGUCGUCAGCUUCAGCUCUCGUGUGCAAUUAUGUCCUUACUUUCUGCAACAUGUAAAUAACGUGUUUUUAAAUUAUUACUUUUUACAUCAUACUUUUACUGAACAUAUUUUCUGGUAUUUCUUCGUAUCUGUAGGUGGAAAUGAAUUUUGCUUUUUCCUGUUUGUUUUUUUUCUUCACUAACAAAAAGGUUUCUCUCGUGCCAACCCCGUCACUUAAAAAAAAAGAUUAAUUUUACUGUAAAUAUGAAUUUAAAGAAAUGUUUAUGUAAUUAACAGAUGUUUAAAAAAGCAAGUUAUUUUAUCUAUUUAAACAGAGCGUAUGUAAUGACAGUACUGGUGGUCUUUCUUCACCAUCUCUAUCGUUCUUUACUAUCACUAAAAGGGUUUAAAACAUGAAAUUUAUAACAAGUGUAAUUUUAGGGCUACUCAUGACAAAAAUAAAUAAAAUACAUGACUAGCUUCACCUUCAGCAUUUAGGGUUAAAAAAAAAAAAACCUCAGUGAUCAUUUGAUCAACAUUUCACCUCUAGUUAGUCCCAAUAAAAAAUUAAUUAAAAAGAAAAACACUCAUGAAUUAACCGACAUUGUGGGAUUACAGUGGCACUGGUGAUUCUGCUUUAUUUCUGUUCUGUACUGAAGUGUUGGUUUUGCUGGUCGUGGCCACGAGUGAACACUGUGUACAUAAUGUACAGCUGUGUGUCUUUAAAAAGACAUUUUCUGUCUCUGAAAUGGAGAAAAAGCCACAGUUACAGUUAUCAUAAAAUGUAUGAAUAUAAAAAUUGCAGUGAUUUUUUUUCAAAAUAAAUUUCCUAAAAUGUCAA